AACAGCAGGUUGAGAAAUAUGUGUCACAUUUAUCAAGAACAAGUGUUGUCUCGUCCUGCUGUUCUGCAAGACUGAGUUAUGUCCUUCUUUUAAAGAGGCACCUCUUUCUGGUAUGACAUUCAGUGAGUUAUCUGUUCCAAUUGGCUGGGAUUAGACUGGCUCUUCAUCCCCUCCCUCCUGGUGCAGAAGGUUGCUUGCGCCAUAAUCCCAGAUUACAGUACAGGAAGGUACAACAGCGUGUGAAAGUGGUCAGAGUAAUGCAUUUUUUAACGUAUUUUUUAACAUGCCACUGAUUAUCUUUGUUACAUCAAAUCCCUAUAUAAAUAUCAAUAUACUUUUUUAGAGUUUAUCUUUGUAUUUUUUUUACAUUCUCCAAACCGAUCCCAACACUUAUCCUUGUAAGUGUGCUUGUGUGUCUCUACAAAUGCCCCCCUUAAUCCCUACCUGAGCCUGCUGUCUACUGCUCAGGUGUUCAGGGUCAGAAAACAAGCAAAGCUCCAGCUACUUAGCGUGAGCUGGGGAAGUGGAUUCUGCUGAGCAGGCUGCCCCAGGAGGGACGACGAGUACAGGUGUGGACACUGGUUGUGUCCUUACCCCCAGAAAUGGCCACAUAAUGGAUGAGUUGAGAGCUAAAUCAAACACCGUUAGAAAUUCUCGAUCCGGUUGACACCAAGUGAACUUAUACUUAUACUGGUGUGUGUCCAUUGGAUUCAUUUUUCAAGUGUUUUUUUGGUCACAGUAAGGACAGCACUGAAUGACUGUGGCUCUCAAGGCCUUUCAGUGCUGCUCUUGGCACCAUGAGGACAAGAGGCAGUGCUGGAAUAUCUUCUAUGUGGUGCAACAGGGGGGAUUCUUAAGUGUCAGGAAGCCAGGGGAUCAUCAAGAUGCUGCAGCUGGAGCAGCUACUGAGGACUUCAGCCUCUCCUCUAGCCAGGAAGCCAGCACUGCAGCUCUGCCUUCAGCAGCAUGGAAUAUUACACGCCGCAGCCGAAUCGUCGCCACAACCCCGUGGACAGCAUCUGCCGCAAACUGCAGACCAUUCAGUGGCGUGGUGAUCGAGAGCCCAAUUCACCGUUCCAGAUUCCCAAACUCUCCUCCAGCAGUUACGACAGCCCACAGUGUGGCCUCAGGCACAACCUGGAAGCCAUCCUGAAGAAAGGGGCCAUCCACAGAGACGAGGGGGAGAGGGGGAAGGAGAGAGCAAAGGAGAAGGGGAAAGGGAAAGGGAAAGGGAUGGGAAUGCCGAGCUCUGCAGCCUCCCAGAGGAUCAGCCUGGGUCCCUCGGUCCCUCUGUCCACCCCUUCCACCCCUGCAUGCAAUCCCUCCAUGCCAGCUAACGUCACAUACACUAUCACUAGCACUCUGGGGGAGAGGAGAGGUGCUGAUGGGAGUGAUUUAAGACAAGUUAAGACAUGGCAGAGGUCCUGUUCUACACCCACGGGCCAGUCCAAAGACUCCCCUUACUUUACAUUUACACGAGGACCCCAGUCGGCGCAGCCUGAGAGUGAGAGGCCGAGCAGGAGCCCGCCUCUGUCUCGUACCUUCACCCCAAACCACAGCACGCUCUCCUACAACCUCAACUUCUGCUCAGCCGAUACGGGGAACUUGGAUUGUGAGCUGCCCUACCCCGCUCUGGUUGUGAAAAGACUGUCCAUGGGAGAUGGAGGAUCCUCACUGGCCUCUGAAAACAGGAAGGAGAAUAUGGCAGAAAUCAGCCUCAUCUGUGAGGAGAAUCUGCUUGAUACCAUCUUCCAUGCCUGUGAUACACAACGCCGAGGUAAAGUGUACGUGUCUCACAUUGUAGACUAUUUGCGGCACACCACCAGUCGCAGCUCAGAAGACAGUGGACUGGAGGAACUUUGCAACAUGCUCGAUCCAGAGCACAAAGACGUUUCCAUAGACCUGGACACAUAUCACGCCGUCAUGAGGGAGUGGAUUGAUGAUUGCCGCAACAACGGGGAAGAGCCAACUGAAGACAUCAUUCAGGACUCAGUCAAACUCAGAGAAAGUCUGUGUGCCAAGAGGUCCAUGCUGCUCAAUAUGACCUCAGGAAGCCUCGAGGCCUUUGGAGGGGAGGCAUCCAGAGCAGAAUUUGAGACAUCAGAGCUGGUGUAUUGUGUUGCUGACCUUCAGAUGAGCAACCAAAAGCUCCAGGAGGAGGUGAAGAAGCUGAAACAGGUGGUGGAGGGUAUGGAAGACAGCAACCAGAAGCUGGCAGAGGAAAAUGAGGACCUACGCAAUCAGACCAGGGUUAACCAGCAGCUGGCUCAGAAGGAGAAGAUGCUGAAGGAUGAAGUGGAGGAGAUGAAGGCCACUCUGAGCUGUACGGAGGAAGGCAGAGCUCGCGCCUCCGCACACAGCAAAUAUGUGGAGAGAGAAAACCAGAGUCUCAUUGCCAAGAUUGCUUCUCUUCAGGAAGAGAACUUCAAGGUCACCAUGGAGACAGACGAGCUUCAGAGGAGAAUAGCAGAGCUGUGUGACAUUAACGCUGACCUUCAGGUGCAAAUUCACUCUUUUGAUGCUGUCGUCAAUGAAAAGGAAGCUGUGAUACUGGAGAAAAGCAGACUGAUAAAUGAGCUCAAGUCAGCAGUGGAGGAAUACUCGUCCAUCACAGAGCUGCUGAGGGCAGACAAGAGCAAGCUGGAGACCCAGAUGCAGAUGAUGCACCCGGACCUUGCUGGGGCUGGUCUGUCUCUGUCGGUGGCUUACAGGUUGAACCAGAGCAGCUCAGGAUCCCUGCAGACAGAACUGGCUCUGGCACAGUCGCCACUGGAGGCCCCUAAUGCAGUUGACCAUUUGUCCACCACUAUGAGCUUUGCCAGCUCGCUGGAUGAAACACUGGACAGGGAGGUGUUGCUGAUGCUGCAGGGGCCUAACCCUGAACACAUGGCUCAGGAGUUCAAGAGCCUCCUAAACAAACUGAAAAGGGAUUUCACAGAAGAAACCGACUCUGUCUUGUCUGCAGUUAGAGGCUUGCUGGACAACCACGCACAGUCAGGGUGCAACAAAGACACCAGUCUCCAGGCGGUGCAGGCCGAGCUGGACACGAGAAGGGCAGACUGGGCCAUCAGCCUGGACCAGCUGGCCCAGUAUACAGACUCGUUGGAGAAGGAGCUGAUCAAAAUGGCCAGUAACAUGAGGAGGUCCCGCACUGAAAUUCUUCACCUUUCAGUCAGGGUGCAGGAGCAGGAGAACCAGAAGCGGCAGCUGUGUGAGGAGCUGGAGCAGCUAAAGACUCCUCAGGACAGCAGAGAGGCCUCAUGCCAGACACCUGCACCAGAGGAAGAGCCUGGAGAUGACUUGGACUGGGAUGAGGAGUUCGCCCUUCAAGACUUCCUGAAGAACGAGUUAGCAGAGAGGAAUUGCAGAGAACAGGGUGGGCAAACGGACAGCAGACCUGUGGAGACGGUAGAUAAAUUAACAGACAGAGGGGAAGAGGAGGACGGGGAGGAGAAGUGGACGGUGGUAGACACGGCAGGAGAAGGAGAAGUUAGGGACACAUCCACUCCUCUGUCUGCCCUCUCUGGGGAGGCCCAGCCUGGUCACGGUGCAGCAGGAGAGGGUCGAGACUCUGGGGCCUGCACUGAGUCAGAGCCAGAGGUGAACUGUCAGUCUUUGCAGGAAGAGGCAGCAGUGCCAUUGAGCGCCCACUCACAAGCUGUCAGCAUUAGACACCCAGAGGCGGAUGCUCUCCCUGAUCUGUCCCACUCAGAGAACAUCACAGAUGCAGAGGCUCCUGAGACUGCAGAAACUCACUCAUGUGGUCCAGCCCAAAAUCUGAACAACUCACCUGAAAGGGACCAUACGGUCACACUUAAUGAUACCACUCCUACAGCAGCCGAGAUGGUUCCUCCAGAACACAUACCGGGCACAUCACCUGGACCAGAUGAGACUGUUACCCAGAGUAAGAGCACCCAGUUGACCAGUGAGGACCACAGGGGAGGAGAGGAGACAAAAGGCGACGCAGACUCAAGCACAGAAGCCAUGAGUCGUACUAAGAGCCCGAGCCAGGACAAGUCGGCAGACAGAUCAACAGCAGAGGACAGCACGUGUCUGCUACCUGUGUUGGUGGAAGAGGAGGAGAGCGUGCAGGACAGUACAACCGAGAUUCCAACAGUAGCCGCCAGCAUGGAGGGGACAGACCAGCUCGACAGUAGUGGAGUGACCACCUUCUCUGACAGCAGCUCUCCUCAGACACGGUCGUCCGUCACACAUGCCAGCCAAUCAGGGAACGGCAUGGGCAGCGUGACCUCUGACCCCAGCCAUUCGGAGGAUAGCGCUGCCAAAAAGGACUCCCUCCCCCUCUGUGGCAAAAAUAAGAGGGAACUGGAGCUGACGCGCAACAUGGAGGCCAUCAAGGAACACAAAGUUCAGGAGGACCAAAGUGAGACCAGCAUGGCCACUGAGAAGGAAUCUGAGACGUCAAUGAUCUCUGACACCAGUGACACAUUGAAAGACAGGAACAGCCUGUCACCUAGUGAUAAGGAAAUUGAGACAGAGUUCCAGCGUCUGGCAUUGGGCUUCAAGUGCGACAUGUUCACCCUGGAGAAGAGACUCCGGCUGGAGGAGAGGUCACGUGACCUGGCUGAAGAGAACGUCCGCAGGGAGGUGUCCAGCUGUCAGGGCUUACUGCAGGCCCUGACUCCUCUGUGUGAGGACGACAACCAGUCCAUGGAGAUCAUCCAGAGGCUUCAGAAGAACCUGGAUAUCCUCAUCCAGUCCAUGACCAGAGUGUCCAGUCGCUCUGAGAUGCUAGGAGCUAUUCACCAGGAGAGUCGUAUUGGUAAGGCUGUGGAGGUGAUGAUCCAGCAUGUGGAGAACCUGAGGAGGAUGUACACCAAGGAGCAUGCUGAGCUGUUGGAGCUGAGAGAGACGCUCAUGCAGAACGAGAGGUCGUUUGGAUCACAAACCGAAAGAGAUGACUUCCGUGGCAAGAAGCAGCCGCCACAGUACUACAAGUCAUCAGCCCGCCGGGUCAGCAUAGCGGCAAUCCCCCGCACUGGUGGAGGCAAUAUGCAUUUUGACAUGUCCAAAACACAAGAUGGCUCAGAGGCUGAAACAGAGAGACUGACCAGGCGAUCCCCAUGGAAUGUGGCAGGGAAGAGCAUGGCGCGCCCCCCACUAAAACGCUUUGUUAGCUCUGCGGCCUGGGUUGACACUGAAGAGCCCUCUCUCAUGAUGAAGGGGACGGCCUGCGACAACACCGACUACCAGUCGGAGGACGAGCAGAAGGAGGAGCCGGUGGCAGAGAGGAGGAGGUCCAGUCUCAGUGAGCUGGGCAACAAACUCACCUCCCUCAUUCUGCCCCUAAAGACUCCAAGCCCUUCGUCUAGCCCGACGUCUACAGACCCAGGAAUGGCCCAGUCUCUGUCCCACGGCCUGACCUCUUCCCGGACAGCGGCAGCAGCAGUCGCUAGAGGUGGCAGGGGGCUUUGGCUUUGGUUGGCGAUGGUGGUAGUGCUAGCAGGUCUCCUGGCACUGCUGGCCAGCCUGGUGAUGCAGCCAGUGGUAGAUGCAGCCCCUGUGGGGACUGGGGACUCCUGGAUGACCAUCCAGCAGCUGCUGUGGCCCUACGCAGGGCUCCGGCACAACGGACAGCCCCCUGUCUAGCCCCAGAGACCUGGCUUGGAUGGUGUUACGGCCCAUCAGCCCUCUGCUGAAAUGAUCUGUGCACUGUGGUGGUGAUGAAGGAAAGUACAGUGUACCACUCCUGAGCAGAGGUUGUUGGGAUGUUUACUGGUGCCUGAAAAUUCCUAAAACAAGACUUUUGUAUUGACAGCACAGGCCAGGCCUCAGAAUAGUUAACCCUGUGGAGGAUUUUAUAUAUCACAUCACGUUUGCUAAAUUAGUUGGUCUGUUUGUGUCUAUGUGUGUGUCUGUGUUUUAAGAGAAGAAGCGGUUCCAGGUGGUUCACGGUGGGCUGCUCAACACCCUCAACAAAUUAUGAUGCAACUGUCUACUUGGACCCAACACAAUCUGUCAAAUCAGGCUUGAUCAGUCAUCAGAGCUGGCACAAUGUUGACCAAUCAUGUCACAGCUUCAUGAGAAUGACAACACUGAUCCAACAAGUCAUGUAAUGGGCCGCUGUGCAGUUUUCCAUUGACGAGCAUCAUGGACAAUGGCUCCGAUUGUUCCACAUGGCUUUUUUAACACAUUUCAUGCACGUGAGGAAGCGGGACUGCCAGCCUUUUUCCUUACAGGUUGCAAAGGACAUUUAAUAUUUUUGAAGUCUAAACACUGGUAAUAAACCUUUCAUUUUAAGUGUUUUUAAAUUUUUGAAAUCUAUAUUUAUGAGUUUGUUAGUUUUGAGUGGGGAAAUGUGAAUAUGUUUAUUUUUGUUAAGUUAUAAUUCUACAUUGUUACAGUCUUAACACCAAAGGGUUUUUUAUUUUUGUCUUUAAGUUUUUGCUGUGGUUGUCACCGUUUUCAACUCCAUACACUUUUGUAUGUUCCAAAGAAGAUGCGUGAGACUUUGCACAAAUAAAGUAGCCAAUUCUACAAUGGAA